CCGACGUUUCCCAACCCUCUCUUCUCCAUCUCCAUCUCCAUCUCCCUCUCCAACUCCACCUGCAAUUCCCGAUCGUCAUCGUCAUCUAGAUAAUUUUUUCAUCUCCAGUGAUCGAUUGAUUGAUUGCUGUUCAUCUCUCUCGUUCUGGAUAUCAGUUUUCGAUCGCAGUCCAGUGCACCAAUAUGAAUUGGGCUGGAUAAGUGAAAUAGAGAGAUCUCUUGAUGGAUUUCAAGAGAGGAUUGCGUUGGUUGGGAGGAUUAUAUGAAUUCUGGAAGCAAAAGAUUUAUUGAUUAUUUGGAUCAGAGUUUGGUGUCUUUAGUUUUUGAUGUGGUGUGACUUUUCUUGUGAGGUAUGAAUAUCGUCAAGGGUGUUGCUGAUCUUAUUCGAAGAUCAUCUGGUGGUCAAACUGGGGAAAGUUCUUCAUGGUCUCAUGGGGAGAACUUAUCUGCUCCGAGUCUGAUGAUCCGUUUUGGGGAGGUUGGUGAGGAGGCUGUAUUGGGUAUGCUUUGGCGUAGAUAUGAGAAUGCUAUAGACAAGAUGGAAAAGAAGAAGUUGCUUCAAGUUUUUCUACUACACUUUAUACAAAAACAUAAAAACUGGAAGCCUGUGGACAAAGACCUAUCAGAAUCUGAGGAUGUUGUAGUAGGUUGCUCUGUGGGCCAUCCAUCUGACGUUAUUCUUAUUCUAGUUCAAGAACUAGCUCGGAUAACUUCUCUUUUAACUGAAUUUGACAACAGUGCUGCACUAGUCAAUAUUGGGGCAUCUGAAGCGUCUAUGAGUUUGGCUUUUGCAACAGAAGAGCUGUAUGUUUUAGAUUGCUUAACAAUCAUAACUCGCUCAAUACAUAAUUGUAGAGCAUUUGGCUACUAUGGAGGGCUGCAAAAAGUGACCGCUCUUAUGAAGGCUGCUGUUAUACAACUGAAGGCGUUAUGUGCAUCUGCGGUGGAUGAACAAGUCUCAAGUUAUGCUCUUGAGAAGAUGAGGAUUCUGCAAAAGAUUCUUGUAUAUGCUGUUUCAAUAAUUUUUACUUUCAUAGACUUCCAUUCAGUUACUCAGAGCAUGCGACAUUUAGAUGUUAGUGACCAAAAAAUUUUGAAGGAUGAUGUGCAUGAGCUUCAUCCAAAUGAUCUAUGUAGUCCUGCAUUUGAGACAAGGCUCCAGUGGCAGAGAAAGGCAGCCGUAUUAGUUAUGGAAACAGGUGGUGUCAAUUGGGUAGUAGAGCUUUUGAGGGUUAUUAGAAGAUUGAAUUUAAAAGAGCAAUGGAUUGAUUUGUCACUGCAAUAUCUAAGUUUGGGCACUCUAAAGUGUGCUCUAUCUGGAAAUCCUCGGGCUCAAAAUCAUUUUAGAAGCAUUGGUGGACUUGAUGUAUUACUAGAUGGGCUUGGUCUUCCAUCAAGUAAAUAUUCAGUUUCAAAGAAUGCUUUCCUCUCAGGAGAAGAAAGAGCAAAAGGUCACAUUUUUCGAAUCUUUAAGCUCCAAAUUCUUUCUUUGGAGGUCCUAAGGGAGUCAACGUAUCCUUAA